AUGUCCCUUCCAGCCUUACAGUACCAACGAUUCCAUUCUUUUACUAGUUCCCCAUUCGGAAUGAUCGCCGUCAACGCCAACGACACGUUUUACGCUGAUCCAUUAUCCGCUCCAUUCCUCCUUUCCGACAGCGCCACCACCCGCGCCGCACCACCACCAACUUCUUCGGGUAUCGACCCAAAGAUAUUACUAAGAUCACACACUAUGCGCGUCUCGAACGAACUCAGCAGCGACAUGACGGCGGGUGAGCUCGAGGACAUUAUUCUCCGCGCCGCUUCGUCGUCUGCCGUUCAGAAUGGUGUAGCUUUGCCAUCAUGGUCGCUCGACUUUGCAUCGGAUGCCGUGGUUCCCGCCGCGACCGCCGCUACCUCAGCUGGGGGGAUUGGCGGCGGAUUCUCCUACUACUACACCGCCCAGGCCGACGCAGGGUCACUUCCGCAGAGCACGACGCAAAACGCGCCGCAGAACACGGCGCCACAGCAGUAUCACCAGGAGUGGUCGAAUGGCGGCGCGUGGACGAACAGCGGACGAGAGUAUCAGGCGGAAAACGCCACCUGGGUUCCAGCUGAUUUUCAGGAAAUCCGCCGGCAAAACGCCAGUACUAUAGCCACGGCAUUCCAUGGUCGCACGGACGACGAUUUCGCAAACGGCGGCGAAGGCAUCGAGCAGCCUUGGUCGCACGGGGCCGGCGCCACCGCCGCCGCCAGCGCCGCAGCUAGCGGUGGUAGUCACGCCGCAAGACACGGCGGCGGCGGCGGCUUUGAUCCCAGCCAUCUUCCCGCCAUCCUCCGCUCCCUCACGGCGCACCAACAGGCCGUUGAGGCCCUCGCGCCGCUCGCUACCGAGUCGCGACGGCAGACUGGUCAGUGGGAUGGGCGCGCCGGGGAAGGCGCCGUCAGCGCCGCUGCCGGAUGGCGCAGUUCCCCCAGCCUGGCCGCGGCGGCGGCGACGACGGCGCCUCCGCCGCCGGGUUUUCUGCCAACUGAAGGCGUUUUCCCACCGCUUCCCCUCACGCGACAGGUUCCCGCAGCUUCUUUCCAGUGCAUCCCCCCUUCCGCCGCGCUCGCCGCCGCUUUCCCCGCCUCCUCCUCUUCCGCCUCAUCCGCGCACCUUGCUGCAUCCGUCGCCGCUUCACUCGCCGGCAAGCGGCUAGCUCUGGUAGCACAGGACGGCUUGGCAGGAGGCGGGACGAGUUUCGAGACGUCUCAAGAGCAGAAACUACCGCAAGCAAUCGGAGACGUCGGUGUGGUAGGUGGCGGGAUGGUGGCGGAAGCGAGUGCGAAACUGAGCGCGGAGCAGAACCCGAGCGCCAUUGACGCUCUGGCCUCCAUGAUCCUAGUUGCUGCAGCCGCGGCGGGCGGGCAAGGUGGAGGACUCGCGGGACAGCCACAGGGGAUGGGCGGCGCCGGCGCCACUGGCGGCGGUAUCGAUGGCCCCGGUAGAACGGGGGAAACGUGGGAAGGAAUUGGGGGAGGAAUGGGUGGGGGAAUGGUUGGGGGGAUGAUUGGGGGAGUGGUGGGGGGAGAGGGUGACGAGUGGCGCAAUGGUGGCUUGGCGGGGAAGGAGGAAGCGUAUGAAGCUGGGGGUAUGGAUGGGGAUAAAGCUGGGUAUGGGUAUGGAUAUGGGGAUGUGGAUGCUAUACUGCAAAGGAGGAACACGGCAAGCAGCGGCACUAGGAACACGAGGAGAAUGGGGAACAUGGGAGACAUGAUUGUCAGUGCCAGUGCUGGUGCUGAUGGUCACUGGCACUCUGCUACUGCUACUGAGACUGGCACUACCAACGUCACUGCCACCGCCACAGCCGGCGCUGCUGCGAAACGAGUCCGCCGAAGCAGCAGCAGCGGCAGCGUGCCGCCCCCCCUGCACCACUCCCACGAGGACACGUGUCCCGCUGCUGCUGCUCUUGAGAGUGCUCAAAAGUGCCAUGCUGCUGCUGCUGCUGCAGCACCGUCUCCCCUAAAGUCCUCCCCACAGACGCUACGCCUGCCUGCUGCUGCUAGCGCAGCCUUGCCUCUUAACGCGCCCCCUAACGCCCCCUCGGCUUUUGAGACGUCUCAGACGGUUUCUGGAGCGUUCCCGCAGCACAUUCAGACACCCCCUAACGCCCCCUCACCCUUCCCCACCUCCCCGCCUCCUGCCGCCACUCCCCCUCACCCUCCUCGUUCCUCUUUCCCCCCCAGCGGCCCCUCGGACUCACCACUAGUGGAUGAGAAACCAGAUGCAGUGGCACAAGCAGCGGCUGAUGCUGGUGUGGGCAGGAAGCGGCAAGUGAGAGAGGAGACUCGGAAACGCGGACGGGGAAGCGAGAGAGGCGGGGGAGCGGCAGGGGGGAGGCAGCACAGGGCGAGUGAAGGGACGUGGGAGGAGGGAGGAGCAGGGAGGAGAAAGCAGCAGGGUGGGGUUGAAGCGGCGUGGGAGGUGCGGGCGAGAGACGGGGCUGCUGGUGGGGCUACUGCUGCUGUGGGGGGUUUUGAGGAGGGGGAGGAUGCAGAGGGAACACGAGUUUUGGGACGGGUGUCUGGCGCGUGUCUUGCUGCAAGGAAGCGGAGGGAGCGCAUAGCGAGUCAGAUGCGCACGCUGCAGCGGCUGGUGCCGGGCAGCAGUCGAGUGGACACCGUCUCUGUUCUCUCUGAUACCAUCCGCUUCCUCUGCAGCCUCAUUCACCAGAUUCAGUCGCUAGGAGCAGAGCCGGAAGGAUAUUCCACCACAGAGGCGGCAGAAGCAGCAGCAGCAGAGGUGCAAAAGCUGAUUCGAGACGGCGUCAUAGCAAGCCAUCGCCCUGUAGCCAAUCAGAGGGCUCCUUCUCAAGGUGUCACAGCGGCAGACCCGGCUGUAGCAGCAGGGGCGGCUGUAGCAGCAGACGGGGCUAUAGAAGCAGGUAGGGCUGUAGCAGCAAGCGGGGCAGUAGCUAGCCCCAACGCCCCUCAAGGCAGCACACACACGUCCUCCCAGGGGCCCUCCCAGUCGCUGCUACCAACUGUCUCCGCCACAUCACCCUCCUUGGAUGAAUCCCUGGCACGUGGCGACGGUGAUGCUGAUGCUUAUGGUGGUGCUGAUGCUGAUGGCAGCUAG